CUGGAUAUCACUAAAACCUGCACUGUUGGUGUGCCUUGAGGACCGCGGUUGGGAAUGCGUGCCCUAGGGAGUAAACCGAUCUGCAGAGAGGUGGAACAGAGGUUUUUGGAGACACCUAUAGAUAAGAUGUGUGAAAUGGGGAGGCACAGUAGUAUAGAGGCAGAUAAAAGACCAGCGCUAAAAGCAGCCAAUCAAAAGAAUAACUGGCAGAAGCAGAACAUCAAAAAACCAGCAGCACAUCUGAUUGCAACAGCUCUUCACUACAGCACACCCCAGCAGAAAGGCAAGGAUUUCCCAGACACAGAGAGAUGCAGCACAGUUCAGAUGCAGUAUAACAACAAUAUUUAUUCUGUAAUCUGGGGUGUGCAGCCAUCACAGAGCAACACCAUGAAAUGGAUCUCUGAGAGUGACGUGGCCUUCACCCGCAAAGUGACGCACCUCAACGACACAACACUUGUGACUCCUCGGAAAGGCAUCUAUUAUGUCUACUGUCAAGUUGGAUUUGGGGGCACGAAUACUAAUUUAAGACUGAGCAGCGAAGUCAUAACCUGGAGUGAAUCCUUCAAUGCUAAUGUCACCCUACUGGUUGGCUCGGAGACUAUAUCUGGUCCCCCUUUGGGCCACAAAUUGUGGCGUACCAGUCUGAACCAGGGAGGGCUGGCAAACCUGAGGGCUGGACAAAAGCUGUAUGUCCACAUCAGCCAUCCCGAGCUUGUAGAUUAUACGGAGGGAAAGACAUUUUUUGGACUUGUCAUGGUGUCCUGAGUUAGUGAAUUUAAAUGCACAGAAACGGGUCAUAUGUCCUUUGAUGUUCUAGAUAAAUAUUCCUUGUUACUGCAAUUGCCAACUGUGGUGGGAAACUGCUUUUCAGUAUUUGUAAGAAAAGCAUAUGUCACUUUUACAUCCAUGUACUGUGCAAAUGUAUACAUAUUUACUAAAAUAAAUGUACAAGCAAU